AUGAAGUCCAAGGCCUUUUUCAGUGAUCCUACACGGAUUGUCGACCACAUGUGUGGUUCGUUGGCGGCUCAGAACCCAUCUCUGCGAUAUGACGAUGAAAAUAAAGUUCUCUUUCGCCCAAUUGACCAGAACGAAAAGAAAGUCAGCUUGAUCAGUGGCGGUGGCUCCGGACAUGAGCCUGCGCACGCUGGGUAUGUUGGCAAGGGAAUGCUAGACGCGGCUGUCUGCGGAAAGGUGUUUGCUUCACCCAACUUCGAUCAGAUUAUUUCAGCAUUUGAUCGUGUUGCAACGCCGCGAGGAAUUCUCGUCAUCGUCAAGAACUACACCGGUGACAAGCUCAAUUUUGGCCUUGCUUCAGAGACAUACCAAGCGCAGACUGGAAUCCCCACCAAUAUUGUCACAAUUGCAGACGACGUCUCAGUACCAUACUCGCGUGGAAAGCUGGUUGGCCGUCGAGGCUUAGCCGGUGCGGUCAUUGUUCAUAAAAUUGCUGGUGCUGCCGCACUCCGUGGUCUGGAUCUUUCCCAGGUGUCCAAGAUUGCCCAGCAUGUCUCCGAUAACAUGGCCACCAUUGGAUGCUCAUUGGACUAUGCCAACCUCCCAGGUGGUCACGAUCAACCUUCCAUUCCCGAAAAUGCCAUUGAGCUGGGAAUGGGCAUCCACAAUGAACCUGGUGCCCAGCGCAUCUCGCCGCAGCCCACCAUUGAACAACUCGUCGGCAACAUGCUGAAGCUGCUAUUGACUGAAAGUGACCCAGAGCACGGUUUCCUGAAGUUCCAGGGAAUUCCCCAAGACCAGUCCGAGCUUGGAUUGAUGGUGAACAACCUCGGAGGAUUGUCCGUCCUCGAGCUGCAGGCCAUUGCAAACGUUGUCUUGGAGGACCUGAAGAACCAAUACAAUAUCGUGCCAAUUCGUAUCUAUGUCAAUACUUACUUGACCGCUCUGGAUGCGCCAGGUUUUAGCAUCACGCUCGCCAACCUGACACCUAAAAUAUUCCCCGAUACCAACUUGCUCUCAUUGCUCGAUGAGCCUGUCAAAAUGGCCAGCUGGGCUACCUGCCAUCCCUUGCCUAACCCGGCGAAGAGAUCGAACUCGCCACAACACGGAGAGCGCGCCCGCUCUCCGGUCGUGAAGCAAAAUAUCUCUUGUGACAAAAUUUUGUUUACUGCUGUUCUCCAGAAAAUCCUUGCUCAGGUGACGACCGAUGAGCCAAAACUUACAGAAUACGAUACUCUCAUGGGAGAUGGAGACUGUGGUACUACACUCCUUGCGGGUGCAAAGGCUGCAUUUGGCAUCGCUGAAGAAAAUGACGAGAACCUCGCCAACCUCGCCAAGGGGUUAAUGAAGAUCGCUUCUGCUGUCCGCAGCGGUAUGGGUGGAACAUCUGGUGCUCUCUACGGAAUCUUCCUCAAUUCGUUCGUGUCUGCUGUCCAGCGGAACUUCGAAGACUUCAAGGAGGUCAACAUUCAACUAUUUGCUAGGAGCGCGACUCAGGCUCUGGAAACCCUGAAGGGCUACACCAACGCUCGGGAGAAUAGCCGAACUUUGAUGGAUGCAUUGAUUCCUUUUGUGAAUGAGUUGUCAAAGGCUGUGUUCACUGAUAAUGCCAAUUCUUCGGAUGCAUUACAAAGAGCUGUGAAGGCAGCUAGCGACGGUGCAGAGUCCACCAAGUGGAUGGUAUCGUCCUUCGGUCGAUCGACUUAUGUUGGUGCCGGCGGUGAUGAGGACCCUACCAAGGGUAUUCCGGAUCCAGGUGCCUGUGGAAUUGUGUCGAUCAUCACAGCUAUUCAAAGCGGACUUCAAUCUCCGAAUUGA